CAUGAGACUUCUUCCACGGAGAUGUGCUCUGUGGUAUACACCGUGGCGCGAAAGAAAUACAUAGUUGUCGAUGCCAGUCUCAAAGACCGAAUGAUGCAAAUUGAUAAGAAGAUGGACGCGCUCGAUGACCUUGACCCAUCUGUCUUUGAUACUGAGAAUGUCCUCCUCUCCCUUAAUUACCUUUACUCGCCUAGCUGCAAACUCAUUAUUUGUGGGCUGGAGUGUGGGGUGACAGCUGAGGAUCUUAUGGGUUGGCUUGAGCCAUACAAACCAGUUCGUGGAGAAAACGUUCUCCAACUGUUGCAAGAGUGGAACCGGUUCGGUAAUCCGAGCGAUGCAUCAUCAAAGGAAAUGGAUUCCGCCGCGGCUUACGGGUACACCUAUCAAGACAGAACUCCGAAUCCUACAAAGUGGAAUUUGGUAUACUGUAUUCGUCGUUACUACAGAUACAGACCAGAUGAGUUCGCAUAUCUGCACUACCGAAAGGUAUCGACGCUCGGAACCCAAUGGAGCGGAAGAUAAGAGACCAUUUCGGCAUUUAUUCAGGGCCUUUAACCGAUGCAAGAAACUUGCAAGACAGCCUGGUUGUCCAUAGGAAGUUCAUUCCUAAUGGAUUUGAACUUCGUUG